AUGGCCUUGGUAGCUGCACGCAGCAAGUCAGUUAUAUUUGUCAAACGUGACCUUUUGCGUUACUUGAGGAAAACUUAUCCGCGGUUUCUAGCGAAUGGCACUAUUGUAACCAAACAGGGGAACCCACCAUCAAAGAAGCGAUGGAGGAAAGGUAAGGAGAAGAAACCACCCUCAUGGACUGAUGGUGUGUCGUGGGAGGAGAGGCUGGCAGAUGUGGUCACCCCUCUGUGGAGGCUGAGUUAUGAUAAGCAGCUUGAGCUCAAGCAACAGAAUCAGGAGAAGAUCCUGUCCCAGCUCUCUGGGCAUCUUUCUGGCGACUCACCUGUCAGGGAUAAACUCAGCUUUCCUGUGCUGCCUGUUCUGCCCUCACCAGUGAGAGAUGGCUACCGCAACAAGUCCACAUUUUCAGUCAACAGAGGAGUGGAUGGCAAUCCGAAGACGGUUGGAUUUUACGUGGGCACAGGCAGGAAGGGGAACAUCGUCUGUGUCAGCGGAGACCACCUGCUCAACAUGCCACAGAAGCACAAACUGGUGGCCAGGUGCUACCAAGACUUCAUCCGCCUGUCCUCACUGGAGCCCUGCCUGCUGUUCCACACUGGGGGUCACUGGAGAGAGAUCACAGUGAGGACCAAUAAAGAGGGCUGCACCAUGGCCAUCGUGUACUUUCACCCACAGAGCCUCACCCCAGCAGAAGUGGCCGUCCAUAAGGCGGAAUUGGUGGAUUACUUCACGCAGGGUCCUGGAUCGGUCUGUCAGCUGGACUCGCUGUACUUCCAGGAGAGCAGCAUGACUCGGUGCACCCAUGAGCAAUCUCCCUACCAGCUUCUGUAUGGUCAGCCACACAUAUAUGAGGAGAUACUGGACUUCAAGUUCCGCAUCUCGGCUGACGCCUUUUUCCAGGUGAACCAGGCAGCUGCUGAAGUCCUCUAUGCCACAGUGAGAGACCUUUGUGUCCCAAACACUGAGGAGGAUGGAGGGCAAACAAAAGCUGGCAGCACUCUUCUAGAUGUGUGCUGUGGGACGGGUGCCAUGGGAAUCACUAUUUCUCCCAGAGUGGACAAAAUUAUCGGUAUAGAGCUCAUAGAACAGGCAGUGGAAGACGCUAAACACAACGCAGCUCUCAAUAAUGUGUUAAACUGUGAGUUUAUCUCUGGGAAGGCAGAAGCUGUGCUUCCUGGCCUUAUAUCUCAGCUGAGCUUCGCAGGCAGAUGCCUUACAGUCGUGGUAAAUCCUGCUCGAGCCGGCCUCCACCACAGGGUUGUCCGGGCUUUGCGAAACCAACCGGCUAUCCGCAGGCUGGUCUACGUUUCUUGUAAACCAGACGGAGAAGCUAUGAGGAACUUCAAGGAACUUUGCUGUGAUCCUAACUCACAGAAGAAACUCACAGGAGAAGCAUUUUCACCAACUCUGGCUGUGCCCGUUGACUUGUUCCCACAUACUCCUCAUUGUGAAGUGGUGAUACUUUUCGAGAGGUAGCAAAUAGUUUUUGUUCAAAGGUUGGCCUUAACCCUGAAAGCUUGUAAGUAGAGGAAUAAUGAUGUACUGUAUUUUAGAUGAUAAAAUAAAUCGUUGCGCAUCCUAUACUCAUGUUUGACCCACGUGUUCUCAAUUGUUUGCUUUCAGGACUCU